AUGAGACAUUUCACAGUACUUGGAGCUCUUGCUCUAGCCUCCUUCGCAGCCGCAAAGGCCAAGGGCGAUGGUUACUACGGCUACAAACUCAACCGUCGCGGCGACGAUGAGUCCGCUAUCUACGAAACAGAAAACACCAACAGCGGCGUCGCGCCUCUGAACCAGGAGCCAGACGUCUACCUCAACGCGAAUGUCUCAGUUGGAGAAAUCUCAGUUGAAGUGAAGAACAUCACUGCCAAGAUUAACCUUGAUGCAAAGGUCCUCAAUCUGCUCAACUUCAACGCUGGUGUUGAUCUCGGUAUUGAUCGUGUCAAGCUUGGUAUUUACAAUGUCACUGCCAAGGUUGAGCUUGAGGCGCGGUUGGGAAACAUUCUGCGCAUGGUUGACGAUGUUCUUGAGAGUAUUGAUUUGAACCCUAUCAUUGCGACUCUGGGAGAUGGCGUCAAGGAUAUUGUUGGUGAUAUUGGUGAUGGAGUUGGCGACAUCAUCGGCGGAGACAGCGGCGGCUCUGAUCAAGACGCCGAAGCAAACGAGAAGCGAGAUCUCACCAUCCGUCUCGAAAACAACAUUCUCUACUCAAUGAACGACUUCUCCGGCUCAGCCCACACAAAUCGGGUCCUCACCCAAGACGGCUUUCUCUACAACAUCUACAUCGACAACCAAGGUCGCGAGAAGAACCGCAAGGAAGUCGGAUACUACGCCAAAGACAUGAAGUUCACCGGCCACAACAGGACCAUCACUGUUGAUGGAGGUGUCGAGUACGAGCUGCAGUACACGUACUCGCCUUACUAUGGUCUCAAUGCUUAUUGUAACAUUUACACUGAUCCUUCGGGCAAGGUUUUGAGGACCAAGAUUGUGGCUGAGGCUGAGGGUGGUGGUGCUGCUACUAUUGCUAAUGAGGAGGAGGAUCUAUGA